CGACUCGCAGACUGACAGACCAUGACGUCGACGCUCAAGCCGUACCUGGACGCCGUCAAGACCACGCUCGAGGCUGCGCUCUGCCUGGACAACUUUGCGUCGCAGCGUGUGGAGCGCCACAACAAGCCUGAGAUUGAGGCCAACACGUCUGCCGAGGUUGUGCUCAACCCGCUGGUGGUGUCGCGCAACGAGAACGAGAAGGUGCUCAUUGAGGCAUCGAUCAACUCGGUGCGGAUCUCGAUUUGCAUCAAGCAGGCCGAUGAUGUGGAAGUUAUUCUGUGCAAGAAGUUCAUGCGGUUCCUCAUGCAGCGUGCCGAGAACUUUGUGGUCCUGCGGCGCAAGGCCAUCGAGGGCUACGACAUCUCGUUCCUCAUCACAAACUUCCACUGCGAGGACAUGUACAAGCACAAGGUGGUCGACUUUAUCAUCCAGUUUAUGGAGGACAUUGACAAGGAGAUCUCGGACAUGCGUCUCAAGCUUAACGCCCGCGCGCGUACCUGCGCCGAGCAGUUCCUCAAGUCCUUUGUGUAAUGAGGUUGCAGCCGUGUGCACUGCGCCGGCUUCCGAUGCCGAGUGCGUGCGUGCAAGUCAUGACCAUAGCUGCUGUCACCGCACUUUGACCAGUAGAGCAGCAAAUUGAACUCUCCGUCCCUUG